AUGAACGAGGUGUCUGUCAUCAAAGAAGGCUGGCUCCAUAAGCGCGGUGAAUAUAUCAAGACCUGGCGGCCCCGGUACUUCCUGCUGAAGAGCGACGGCUCCUUCAUUGGCUACAAGGAGCGGCCUGAGGCCCCCGACCAGACCCUGCCCCCCUUAAACAACUUCUCUGUCGCAGAAUGCCAGCUGAUGAAGACCGAGAGACCUCGACCGAAUACCUUCGUCAUUCGCUGUCUGCAGUGGACCACAGUCAUCGAGAGGACCUUCCAUGUCGACUCCCCGGACGAGAGGCAAGAGUGGAUGCGGGCCAUCCAGAUGGUUGCCAACAGCCUCAAGCAGCGGGGCCCGGGGGAGGACCCCAUGGACUACAAGUGUGGCUCCCCCAGCGACUCUUCUGCGGCCGAGGAGAUGGAGGUGGCAGUUAGCAAGGCACGGGCCAAGGUGACCAUGAAUGACUUCGACUAUCUCAAACUCCUGGGCAAGGGCACCUUUGGCAAGGUCAUCCUGGUGCGGGAGAAGGCCACCGGCCGCUACUACGCCAUGAAAAUCCUGCGGAAGGAGGUGAUCAUCGCCAAGGAUGAAGUCGCCCACACGGUCACCGAGAGCCGGGUCCUGCAGAACACCAGGCACCCGUUCCUUACCGCGCUGAAGUACGCCUUCCAGACACACGAUCGCCUGUGCUUCGUGAUGGAGUACGCCAACGGUGGCGAGCUGUUCUUCCACCUGUCGCGGGAGCGUGUCUUCACAGAGGAGCGGGCCCGCUUUUAUGGAGCAGAGAUCGUCUCAGCCCUGGAGUACCUGCACUCGCGGGAUGUGGUGUACCGCGACAUCAAGCUGGAAAACCUCAUGCUGGACAAGGACGGCCACAUCAAGAUCACUGACUUCGGCCUGUGCAAGGAGGGCAUCAGCGACGGGGCCACCAUGAAGACCUUCUGUGGGACCCCUGAGUACCUGGCGCCCGAGGUGCUGGAGGACAACGACUACGGCCGGGCGGUGGACUGGUGGGGGCUGGGCGUGGUCAUGUACGAGAUGAUGUGCGGCCGCCUGCCCUUCUACAACCAGGAUCAUGAGCGCCUCUUCGAGCUCAUCCUCAUGGAGGAGAUCCGCUUCCCGCGCACGCUCAGCCCUGAGGCCAAGUCCCUGCUUGCUGGGCUGCUUAAGAAGGACCCUAAGCAGAGGCUCGGCGGGGGGCCCAGCGAUGCCAAGGAGGUUAUGGAGCACAGGUUCUUCCUCACUAUCAACUGGCAGGACGUGGUCCAGAAGAAGCUCCUGCCACCCUUCAAGCCUCAGGUCACGUCUGAGGUCGACACAAGGUACUUUGAUGACGAGUUCACCGCCCAGUCCAUCACAGUCACGCCCCCGGACCGCUAUGACAGCCUGGGCUCGCUGGAGCUGGACCAGCGGACGCACUUCCCCCAGUUCUCGUAUUCGGCCAGCAUCCGAGAGUGA